GCCAGUCAAUUCAUCGGCUGCCCAGAGGAGCCAGUCGUCACUCUCGACUGCGCAGAGGAGCCAGUCAAUUCCAUCGACUGUGUGGAGGAGCCAGUCAAUUCCAUCGACUGCGCAGAGGAGCCAGUCAAUUCCAUCGACUGCGCAGGGAAGCCAGUCCUUUGCAUUGAUGGCACAGAAGAGCCAGUCCAUUCUAUCGACUGCUCAAAGGAUUCAGUUGUUUCCAUCAACUGUGCAGAUGAACCAGCUCUGGCCUUGAGUGCUGCAGAGGCAGCUCAUUCCAUUGACUGCGUAGUGCCACCGUCCCUGACUGUUCAUCCUACCAAACAGGAAGAAAAAGCAAAGACCAAGAAAAAGAAAUGGUCUUUGAAGAAAAGAAAGAAAGGGAUGAAGGCAAAGCCAGUGUCCCUGUCUGCCAACUGCUUAGAAGAGCCAGGACUGACCCUCACCUGUGCAGAGCAGGCAUUACACCUUAUCACUGACUGUCCAGAGGAGGCUUCGGCCCUGAACAUAAACUGCUUUGGAGAGAAGCCUGUGGCUGUGGCCGCUGGCUGUAUAGAGAAGCCUACCCUGUCCAUUGGCUGUGUGGAGAAGCCUGCCCUGUCCAUUGGCUGUGUGGAGAAGCCUGUCCUGUCCAUUGCCUGUUUAGAGAAGCCUGCUGUGUCCAUUUGCUGCAGAGGGAAGCCUGUGGUGUCCAUUGACUCUGGAGACUAUACACUUCACAACACAGAAAAGCAAAGGCUGAAGUUCCAAAGCUUUAAGAAAUUCCAGGCAGAAAACAUCAGCCAGGCUGACACCCAGAAGAGCAGAAUUGAUCACACUGUCCUCGGGUUCCCUAACAUUGGAAACACCUGCUAUAUGAACGCGACUCUCCAGAGUCUCUUCAGUCUCCUAACUUUCACCCAGGACAUCAAGAGAGAGGAGAGCUGCUGGAGACCAAAUCUGACCACGCAUUUACUGAAGUGUCUAGCAGAUCUGCACUCAGCGCGAGCCAGCCGCAGCAGUGAGCUGAAGAUCUGCCUGCUGAAGACCCUGAAACGGUCCAUCGCGUCGAACUUCAGCGACUUUUGGGGAGAUGAGCAGCAGGAUGCCCAUGAGUUCUUCAGCAUUCUGCUGUCCCAGCUGAAAGAGGAGGGGGUUUCCCUGAGGACAAGGAUGGGGCUGCAUUCCUUCACGUGCGCCAUCGAGGCUAAUUUUGAAUUCGAACUUCUGUCCACCCGAAAGUGCCUCAGUUGUGGGACAAAGGUGUGUAACACGGAGUCCUACAACUGUCUGUCUGUGGACUUAGUCCCAGGGGGUUCUGUACAGGACUGUUUGGCACUCUACUUCAAGGGCUAUGAGGUAGAGUGUCAGUGCCAGUGGUGCUGUGGGGAGUUGGCGUCUGUGGAGCAGACGCUACAGUCGGUGCCUCGAGUGCUGGUUGUGCAGCUGAAGCGGUUCAGCUUUAACUCCAGAGGGCACCUGGUGAAGCUGCACGAUCGGCUCCACAUCUCACCCCAGCUCAGCCUGCAGGCCCACAGCAGGGCCAAUGUUCGCCUCCCAGGGAUGCCCAAGACCCACCAGACCCACGGAGACUGCCUGGAUACCUCCCCCUCACCAGGGGGUGCUGUCUGCUUUACAGGCCAUUACAUCUGCGAAAGCACUGACGGCAACACAAACUGGCUGUCGUUUGAUGAUGAGAGAGUGAAGCAGAUGGACCAGAGAUCCGUGCUGCGGCAGAGAGCAAACUCUGCCUAUCUACUGUUUUACGAGUACAGGGGUGCUGGUGGAGAGAGGUGAACCCCAGACCAGGGCCAGCCUCUAGUGAGACCACUCAGACCACUCUGCCUCUAAAAGAGAGGACAGCCAUUUCCGGGUAUGUUGUCCAUUGCUUAUGCUGUUGUUUGAAAUGUAUGUUAUGAGCAUUGUGGGAAAACGACAUAUAGAGAUAAGGUUACAAAAGAGUACGUGCCAGGCUUUGUUGAAUUCUGGGUGCAGACGAACUAUGAUCCAUCAAAGCCAGGUUCAACCCGUGGCACCGAUGUAAGCAUUGUGAGUGUCGAGGUGUGUACAUGGGGAUAUUUACAGUUACCCAGCUGCGCCAGUGGAAAUUUAGUACAGGGUCAAAAUGUGUAGAGUAAAGGCUGUGACUAGCUCCUGCCUGUCGCACCCCCUCUUAUUAGGCACGGAUUAGCUGGGGUUCGCUCUUGUACUGAACAGAUUCUAAUGAUCAAGGCACGUCAUUUUUGGCACGUACGCUACGUUAAUUAUACGGGGUGUUGGGAAUUAAAUCCGUUUGGACCUCUGUCUACCAUCCUAAAAGUAAUGGCACGGUAUAAUAGUUUAAUAGAAAAAAUGAGCUUCUAUACAUCUUGCAAUGCCUCACAGUCAUCCAUUGGUACCCAGCCUUCCUCAGGUGUUUUGAACCUACAAUACUCUCCAGCUGGUGGGUUAUCAGUGAUGACUAAGUCGCUGCCCAUCUUCUCCUGGCUUCUGGCUCACCUCCUCCAUCCAAUUCCAGAACCAAUAGGUGGCUCUUUCUGCUUCCUCCCCACAUCCAUGAGCUGCUGAUCGUCUUUCCCUUCUUCUCAAUCCUAUGGCGGUCAGGAGACUCUGAGUGGAUUGAGUGGGGAGUCUCCUGCAUCCCACCUUCACUGGGAAUGACUGAGCCUGCCAGAUGUUGUCCAUGCACUCCUGCACCAGAUCUUGAUAUCUGGUUUCCUCUCUGAGGCCUCUGCACAGCCCUCCUCCUAUUGUGCAGUCAGCGCUCCUAGGAUGAUCUUUCUCGGGUCUGUCGAACACAUGACUCCAUCUGGACUCAGGGUCGUUGACAGGGCCGCAUCAGGGACCUGAAGCUUUCCUCCCAGGUCCAUUCUCCGCUCCCAUCCUUGAUCUGACUGCUAAAGGUUGGCUUUGCUGUAUUCAGGGCUAAGGAACUGGCUCCUUGCUUGACUGAGGUGUUAGCACGCGUUGGCUUUGCGUUGAGCUUGGAGUUUUCUUCUUUCCUGCUCCACGGUGGCUGCAAGCCCCUCUUGGUUCCCCUCUUUCCAGAGUUUACACAGUGGGCCUUUGUUCAUUCCCCACCUGUGCAAAUUCACUGGGGAUUGCCUCAGUCGAGCCCCUCUAUUGUACGCACAAUUUUGCCGUUCCUGUGUCUGUAGGAAAUUCUUCCAUGACAAUUGUCCCGGUGUGUGGAGUUUCAUUCACUCAUGAAGGACAUACUGAAACUCAGAUUUACUAUUGCAUGGACCUUUCUCCCAGCUUUCUUUACCUAGGUUCAGAGCACGGCAAGGUUGGCUGCUGAUUCGGACUCUGCAUUAUAAAUUUACGGUGAUGGUACACAGAGGUCUUGAUGAAUUUAAUGUUGAAUAACAUGUGCAAUUCACAUAGUAUGCAUGACAUAAACAACGUGCCUUGAUAAAAUCUUUUUCAAAAUUCCCACCCAGGAGAUUAGUUGAAACAGUGCUACUACACAAAGGCACAACUUGCGUAUUCCACCAAAACUUAACACCAACCAUCCCCCUGUGCCCUUCUGUCUGCUAGCUGAAUGAGGUCCAUUCCCACUCAAAUGGAAUCUCCAUCAAUGUAAUGUGUGAUCAGUGUGUCCAAAGGCACUCUUUUAUUGUCCACAGCGUUAACUAGUUGAUAUUUGUGACAAGACACAAAUGACCGCUGCACCUUCCCAUGAAGGUCUGACUAAUAGAAUUGGAUUUCAGAAUCUGUCGAGAGGCGCUUGAGGCUUUUCCCUCCCCUUGGUAGUGCUGAAAAAACCUGCAUCACCACUAAGCACAUCGCACAGCACAUGUCCCUUUCUGUUGUGAAUACACCCUUACACACCCCUUCAGCAAAAUAGCAAACUCUGGCUAAACCGUGCCUAAUAAGAGGGUACAACAGGCACAAGCUAACCACAGUCUCUACGCUAUGCAUAUUUCCCUGUGUCUAGUUUCCAUUGGCACCACUGGGUAAUCAUGAAUAUCCCUGUGCACACACCUUAUGUGCACCCAAAAUGCAAUCCCCAAUGCCCCUGGCUGAAUUAGGCUUUGAGGAACAUGGUAUGUCUGAAUCCAGAAUCCAACAUAGCUUCAUGCGUACCCCCUUGGUACCCUUACCCUUAUCCAGUACGACCCCUCCUGACUGGGACAGUGUCAGCGAGACAAACCGCUUGCCCCACCUCCGUCAGGGGGCAGUCCCUGUACUCGUGGCCAGGCCACCCGUACAACCAGCAGUCCUGCCCAACUGCGUGAGGAGGCCUGUGUGAGUUUAACCCUGCAGCCGCUGGUACUGGGUUCUGUGGGGGACGGAGCAGUUGGGGUAAAGUGGAGUAGGGAAAGUAGCGGACAUGACCCUGGCUACCGAUGAGGGGUCCUCCCGGCGAUCUCCUCUGGACUGCUGAAACAGGUCGGGAGGCACGCCCAUGUUGCCAAGUACACCUCCGCACCCUCCGAGGAAGUCACUCGUGCACGGCAUUCGAAAGUCAGUGUAUCUGGGCUGUCGAUGGGGAUGGGACGGCUGCAGCUGGCCGGCUGGGUCUGCCUGCAGCAGCAUCCUCUGCCUGCCCCCGUGCCAGCUCAGAGAGGGCGCUGGUCUGCCUCUCCUGUAAAGCUGCGAGUUGGCUCAGGGGCUCAAACCAUUACAUUACAUUUAUUUGGCAGAUGCUUUUAUCCAAAGCGACGUACAAAAGUGCAUUUGAUGGCCAUGGACAACUACAAAACACAGGUUAAAUGACAUGCAUGCCUUUCAAACCCCAGUCUCACUGCAUGCAGAACAGAUAAAGGUUAGCGCUGAUUAUUUUAUUGCCUCCAGCUGCAACUGCAGGCCUACUUAACUUGAACUCCCCUGCCAUGCACCUGCAGCUAACUCUAUGCCCACACCCCUUCUUCAUACCCAUGUGAAAGGUUGGAGUCCUUAGAGGGAGUCGGUACAAUUGUGUGGUUAUGUCCCAGUGCUUUUUUUUUGCUUUGUGUUUCGUUGCCGCCGCGUUUGUUUCCGUCUCCCCUAUAGGUGGAGUUGAUGAUGUCACAGCCCUGCUGCGGAAAUGCAGAUCCAAAGAUUUGUCAAGAGACUGUAACCACACCCCUCCGCCACACACAUUUGAAAGGUUUGAGUCCUUAGAAGCUGAGUAAGUACGUUUGUGUUUUGUUACGUCCCAGUGUUUUUGUGCUUUGUGUUCUGCUGCUGCCGCGUUUGUCUCUGUCUCCCCUACAGGCAGAGACGAUGACAUCACGGCCCUGUUGCAGAGACGCGGAUCCGAAGAUGAGCUGAAGAGAGGAAGCACGUCAUCGCCUGGCAACCAGACUGAGGAAUGCCUGUUGCUGAGGACACUGGGACCAUCAUGGAGCAGCGUUAGUAGAAAGAUGCCGGACUAUAUGUUGAUUAUGUGCAUCUUUUUACAUUAGUCUACAGUUUCAGUCUACUGCCUACAGUCCACGCUGUCUAUUGUCUGCAAUCUGCUAAUCUUGAUAUCACCAUCUUUGUUUACAGUCUUUUCCAAAACGUGUUGAAAUCGCUAAUAGGCUAGUAGCUUUUUAGUUAUCGAAUGUUAUUUUAGAUAAGAGUGCAGGUUUUAAGGAUAGUCAGUGAUUACCCCAGUUUCUACCUCGGAACAUCUGCAAGGAAUUGGCGGGCUGACUUGUAGAAAAGAGGACCAUCUUCAAAUCUGGCGUGGGUUGCAUCUGCCUGCCUGGUGAGAUCCUGCACCCUGCGCUGAGUCUGUAUGCUUAGAACAAAAGUUACAUAAGUUAGAUCUAAAUCUGCUUUGCUGUAUAAAAUUGCUGUAUAUUCUUGCCUUUUUUAUAUCACUUUGUGUUAAACUAGGUCUUCUUUUGGCUUGUGAUUAUUGUUGAGUUUGCUUUGUGUUACAUCCAAUAGCGUACACCUGGUUAUUGUCAUGCAUGUGGAUUUCAAGUCGAAGCAGUGUACUGUACAUAUCUGUGAAAUAAAGAGAGAUGUAUUUUGGA